UCUUUGGACUCAGACCAAAUAUCCAGUAUGGACCCCAAACUGACCAGGAACCAGCAAAAAGAAAUCUGCUCUCACCUGGGAAGUGUGAAACUCAAGCUGCUCUACAAAUCCACUUUCCACGGUUUUACUGGCGCUGCUUUCCACCAGCGUUGUGACAACCUCUGUCCCACUGUGUCUGUGGGCUACAAUAUCUCUGGUUUUGUGUUUGGAGGCUACACCAGACAACCUUUUAGUCAGACUGGACAGUUUAUGAAUGAUGACCAGGCCUUUCUUUUCACCUUCACUGAAGGAAAACUUGGGAAAUAUCCAGUUGUUAAUGCUCAAAACGCCAUCAAAAUGAUACCCAACUGUGGUCCUCAUUUUGGAGCAAACCUGAUUCUUCUCAAUGGAAGCACACCAGUGGUUUACAGUAAUCCACAAGGUGUUUACAACUUCAACGCUGCAGAAAUGCAUGGAAAUGACCUGAACCUGAUAGAGUGUGAAGUCUACCAGGUGGAGGAGGUCACUGUGUUUGAGAAGCCAUGGCGGGAAAUAGUCUGGGAAACUCAGAAAAGGAAUGAUCUGAUGGAGAGCAUUAAAACCUACAAACCCAUAGUCAGUUCUGUGUCCCAGGCUCGGGUUUUAAUGAUUGGACCGGUCGGAGCUGGAAAGUCCAGCUUCUUUAACUCCAUCAACUCCAUCUUCAAAGGCCACGUCACCAGCCAGGCCAUAUCUGGCAGCUCCACCACCAGCCUCACCACACAGUUUCGAACUUAUUCCCUGAAAGCUGGACGUGAAGGCAAACCUCUGCCAAUCAUCCUGUGUGAUACCAUGGGACUGGAGGAAGGCAAAGGGGCGGGGCUUGACAUAGACGACAUCAGCAGCAUCCUUCGAGGCCACCUGCCUGACCGUUACAUGUUCAACCCUGCUGCUCCUCUGCAGUCAGAAGCUUGCAGCUAUCAGAAGUCUCCAGGUCUCAAGGACAAGAUCCACUGUGUGGUUUAUAUCCUUGAUGCCUGCAAGGUCUCCAUUAUGCCCAAAAUGCUGGAGGAAAAGCUGGAAGCUAUCCGCAAAAAAGUCAACUUGAUGGGGAUUCCUCAGCUGGUUGUGCUGACUAAGGUGGAUGAAGCCUGCCCCCUGGUGAAAGAAGAUCUGAGAAAUAUUUAUCGCAGUAUCUACAUUAAGAAGAUGAUGCAGGAAGCCUGUGAUUGUCUCGGCGUGCCUCUGUCCUGCGUGGUUCCAGUGAAGAACUACAUCGAAGAGCUGGAGCUGGACCCGAGCUAUGACAUCCUGCUGCUCAGCGCUCUCAUCCAGAUACUUCGAUUUGUUGACAGUUUCUUUGAUGACAUCAGUGACACUUUGAGCAACACUCAAGUGACAAAAUAA